CAUGUGAAAGUCAAUGCCUUUGUUUGUGAUGCUCCAGCGAGAGCCUAUUUAAAAUGCAUUAAGGGACACAGUGCAAGCGAUGCACUAUUGAAGGGCGCUAUGUGAGCAACGGGGUUGUGUUCAAUUACCAAUCACAAGAGAAGAUUUACUCAAGAACAGAAGAGGAAUUCAGCAGGCAGUCCUACUCUUCGCAACAACUUAGAUGCUCCUCUCAGGUUGAUGCUGGCUUACAGUGCAUACAACUUUGCAUUAGACUACAUGCAUCUGGUCUGCCUAGGAGAGGUUAGAUGCAUCAAAGGGGGUCCAAGAGAGUGUAAAUUAUCUCAGAGACAAAUUGGUGAAACAAAUUUGUGUUUAUUUUAGAAUGGCACUUCAAAAUGUGAUUUCCGAACGCCCACAGAUCCCUUAUUCCUGGCUUCCUCCACUCCAUGUCACUGUGGUGGCGAUGAGGGAUGAGAGGCGGGUAGUGUCGUGGGGUUUCGACGAGGAGAGUGGGGAUGCCAAGGCCUUAGUUACAAAAGAGAACAGGCUUGUCAUCCUAAGUGACGGGUGCAGCUUGUCCAAAGUGACCCUAUUUGAGGUGUUCGCUGGAAGGGUCAACCAAGGCGGAGCAUAUAUACUGCGUGGGUGCUCCCUGUGCGGCGAGGGCCCACCAUUCGUCAUAAAUAUCACUAAAGACACACAGUUCUUUAGAUCUGCCCGGUCGAGGUGAGUGAAGAGCUGCAUGCGAGGGCAGACAAACUUCUGCGCACCGCCUCAACAGCAACCGCCAUCAAAGAUGGAAAGACAACGAAGGGGUUCCUCAUUUUACAGGGAGAAGUGAUGGAGAUCUCUGCAGUUAAAAGGUGAAGAUUGGAAAGGACAAGGUACCCUUGAAAACCGUGGUGCUGGAGCAGGUAAGCUAUACAUUGCUUUAAAGUCAGCUUGUGUUUGUACCGAUGAGUAUUGAGCGUUUCAAAACCAUGGACAGCUACAGGAGCAGAGAGAAACAGACAGACGGACAGAGAGAAAUAAUUCUGUAGGUCAUUUUACCAUUUGCAAUGUUGUUACAAAACCAAGGUUUAUGAUGAAACAUGGAAAAUUGAGCAUCAUCAAGCAAAUAAAACAAUAUGAUGAUUUUGAUGCAUUUAUUAUAAACUCUUGAAGUAUAUGUAAAGGUAAAUAUAUAAAAUAGGGUCUCUCCGUUGUUUCUGAUGGCAUGAACAAAUUUUUCUUAUCUUGUCUGGGUUGAAUGGAAAUAUUCCUGACCCAUGACAUUUGAGGCAUUUGAGGGAGUUGCAACUUUCUUCCAGGCCUUGGAAAACAGUGGCAUGAACAACGCCUUGUCAGGUUGCUUCCCUCCACUCACCAGGGUGACCCUUUGUCCCUCAAGCCUCCAGAAAUGUUUUAGACUCUUGAACAGAGCUCUAUCUGCAGGCUGCAGAUUGUGUGUAGUGUGGAGGGUGAGGCUAAACACACAUAAAUUGUUGUUAAGUUUAUCUUCUUUACCUGAAUGAAAAUGCCUGGAACACACUUUGAAUGAUCUUGGGAUGUCCGUGCGUCUUAUGGCGGAUAUCCAGGCCAUCCGUCUUCGCUUGGUUACAUCGGACACAUGACUCCAGGCAGGAAAACAAUAAAAAGAAAGUCUGUUGUCUAUUUUUUUUGCCCUGUCAAUCGUGUGAACGGACAUUGCAUCCAACAACACAAGUUCUUCCCAUGACUAAAACUUCUCUCUCUCUCUCUCUCUCUCUCUCUCUCUCUGUGAGUGGCCUCACAAAAUGGCGAUUUUUCCCAUCAGCCACCGCGGCGCUACAGCAAUGACGUCACACCCCCAAGGCCUAUUACCAAGAUAUAAUGAAUACAACAACGUUCUAUGGGAAGCGACCAGGUGGACUUAAAAUCAGGAUUCCAUCAGUCGAAAGUGAUGACAGCUGUCUCAGUGACAGUGGGGAUAGUGAUGAAGACUACACUCCUACACCAGUUGAUGAAAGCAACGAUGAAAGCAGCGAUGGUGAGAGUACUGACAACAGCAACAAUGAUGAAGACUCCGAAGGAAAUCAUGAUGUACAUCCUACCACCAGUGCUACUGCGGGAAGAGGGAAAUCAGCUACCACUACAAAAAGACAAAAGGCUCUCCCUCAAGACCAAAUGUUAUCGAUUGAUGAACAAAUGGUGCCAUUCAAAGGAAAAUCGAGUCUCAAGCAAUAUAUCCCCAAUAAGCCAUACAAAUGGGGAUACAAGAUCUUUGUGCUUUGUGACACAACAGGCCUGGUGCAUUCAUUUGACAUCUUUACAGGGAAAAUUGAGCCUGUACCAGGACUACCAGACAUUGGGGUAAGUGGAAACAUUGUGCUAAAGCUUGCACAAGUUAUCCAUGGUGCUGUCAAUCAUCUGGUGUACUUUGACAACUGGUUUUCCUCCUUGGAUUUGUUUGUUGCUCUUGCAAACAAUGGGAUACCAGCUCUUGGGACUGUACGGCAGUGUCGCCUGCGAGGGUGCAGUUUCAGUGCAGACGCAGAAAUGAAGAAGAAGGGAAGAGGCACACUUGAAGAGCAACAGGUUGUUGUUGACAAUGUGGAAAUAAGAGCAGUCAAAUGGUUUGACAACAGAGGGGUGAUCGUUGCAAGCACUUUUGCCAGUGCACAGCCUGUUUCCAACAUUGAAAGAUGGGAUAAAAAUCUGAAACAGAAAGUGACUGUGGAAUGCCCAAAUAUCAUCAGCCUGUACAACAAGUUCAUGGGCGGCGUUGAUGCUCUUGAUGCACUGAUUGCAUAUUACCGCAUCCACAUAAGGUCAAAAAAGUACUACCAUAGAUUAUUUUUUCACUUUGUGGACAUGGUCAUUGUCAACAGCUGGUUGUUGUAUCGGCGGGAUUGCGAGUCACUGACAGUCCCAAGAAAGAAGCAGAAGGAUUUGCUUGCUUUCAGAACAUCUAUUGCACAGGCACUCUGCAUGCAAGGGAAGGAUCUGUCAAAGAAGAAGAGGGGGCGGCCUUCAAUGGAUGUUGAAAGGGAGCUUGAGAAGAAGAAACAUCGAGGUCCAGCUACGGUUAUGCCGACACAGGAAGUCCGUUCAGAUGGUGUGGGUCACUGGCCAGUGGUUGAAAGUGAGCGACAACGCUGCAAACUCCCACAUUGCAAGGGCCAGACUGUAAUUAAAUGUGCAAAGUGCACCAUUCACCUGUGCCUCAACAAAAACAAGGACUGCUUUCGUGAAUUCCACAAGUAAGACUGUUUCACGCAAAGACACUUCAAGUGACAUGGUCACUUUACACAUGACCCAGUUUCACAUGACAGAUGAAAAGUUCAGUAAUUGUUUGUAUCCUGAGAACUUUGAAAUCUAAAAGCAGGCCAGUAAAGUUUGAGAAACCCUGCCCAAGUGACUCAUGCACACUAACUGUUUCAUGUAUCUGCUAAACAAAUCAAUCUCACAAUAAGCACAUUAGGCAAUCCACCCUCUCUCCAGACCUGUUAAUUUACAUAUUAUAGUGUGUUCUUUUGUUCACUAUGCACUGGAGAAACAAGGACAGAGUUAAACUGACAGAGUUUUAUUCUUAUUAUAGUGUGUUUUCUUGUUCACUAUGCACUGGAGAAACAAGGACAGAGUUAAACUGAAAGAGUUUUAUUCUAAUUAUAUUGUGUUUUUUUGUACACUAUGCACUGGAGAAACAAGGACAGAGUUAAACUGACAGAGUUUUAUUCUUAUUAUAGUGUGUUUUCUUGUUCACUAUGCACUGGAGAAACAAGGACAGAGUUAAACUGACAGAGUGUUAUUCUUAUUAUAGUGUGUUUUCUUGUUUACUUAUGCACUGGAGAAACAAGGAAAGAGUUAAACAGAAUGUAACAUGGAAUGUAUAAAAACUACUUUCAAUGUUAGGGAGUAGUAGGAGUAGUAUUUUUCUUUCUUGCUGAAUAAAAUCUACCUAUCUGAGAUGGGAAAA